CCCAAGGCUUCAAAAACUGAAUCUAGUUUCAGCGGACAGACCAACGGGCAAGGACACCCCAAAGCCGGGAGAAUAAACCGCCUUUUCCCCCCAUGUAAAUGCGCUUGGAGAAAACAAACAGACCGUAGCCGUCUUGCCCGUCAUAACCUGCUUUCUUGGAGUUGAGACUGCACCUGAGCGUUUUUUUGUUUGUAACAAACGGAAUCUUGCAAUAUCAAACGGAAAUUGCAAAUUGUUUGGAUAUAUAUGGGAGUCAUAUUUUCAGGCUUGAAUGAGAUCACCAUCAGAUGUAUUUGAACUAGAUAUGGAGUAAUUUCACGGACCUAACUUGUGGAUCUUUCACCAAACCCGGAGCCUGGGAUUCAUUUAAUAUGGGCAUUUAAUCAAUUCAUAUUUUUAAACGUUAUCAGACUUGAUUCAGGGGAUGAAUAAAACAAAUGUUUUUCAAGCCAAUGCUCCGUACUGAGAAAAUGAAUACAGAUAACUUAUUUUAAGCAACUUGGAGGUAUUGUCCAUGGUCUCUGAAAGGCGUGCGGACGCAUACUGGAUGGAUCCCUCAACUUUUUCAAGAUGCAGCUGAGGAAUCUAUGCUUCUCUGAUGUUACCAUGUCCCGCCAUAUGGAUCAAUGAACCACAUCCUCACAUCCCUCAACCUGAUCUGGAAGUCUCCACAGAAGAUCCCUCUUUCUCCCUCUCUCCCUUCUCUCUCUCUCUCUCUCUCUCUCUAUCACUCACACUCUCUUUCAUUCCCUUUCUCUCCAUCACUCUCUCUGCCCCUCCCUUGUCCACCCCUCUGAUGAGUUUGUCUCUAGAUGAGCACCAGGACUCAAAUUAACCCCAGCAGAGGAGAGAAACUCUCUGCUCCUUCCUUUGUGGCUGUCCGUCUCUUGCUUUUUUCAUUUUUACCCACAAUGCCCCAAACACAACUAACCCGGUCCUCCUCAUUCAUGUUGGUUCUGCUGGUCGUGUUGCUCCUGCUGGACACGGUGCCGGUCCAGUGUGCGCCCUCAGGACCCGAAUCAGACACCUGCUCCACCCAGGUGCAGAACCGCUUCUUUGGCUACUUCAACUCCUCGGCCGUCUUUCCCAGCAGCCCUUGCUCCUGGACACUACAGAACCCAGACCCGCGAAGCUACACUGUCUUCAUCAAGGUGACCAAGCCUGAGAGGGACUGUGUGCCCCGACAGGUGCGUGCCUUUCAGUUCGACUCCUUCCUGGAGGCCACGCGUACUUACCUGGGCACAGAGAGCUUUGACGAGGUGCUGCGACUGUGCGACUUGUCAGCGCACAUGGCCUACGCGGAGGCCGGUAAGCAGUAUCUGCAGAUCCGCAAGAACCUGCCUCGGCCUGGCGCACGGUCCGGCGACGGCCGCUUCAAGGUGGAGUACCUGGUGGUGGGCAAGCGGAACCCGAGCGUGGCGGUGUGCCAGGUGCUGUGCCAGUGGCUAGAGGACUGCCUGGUGUCCAGCACGUCCAGCCAUCCCUGCGGCAUCAUGCAGACGCCAUGCCAGUGCAGGGACACCCCACCGCUGGGCAAGGAGGGCGCGGACGGAGGCUGCUUCCGCGCAGGCGUCUACCUGGAGAACUGCAUCAUGGGCGAGAAGGAGGCAGCCGCCGCCAACGCUGAGAUCAGCAUUGGAGGCUGGAGUGGCUGGGGCCAGUGGGGAGAGUGCAGCAGUGAGUGCGGAGGUGGAGUCCAGACUCGGACACGCACCUGUCAAUCACCUGCCGGGGAGGCCAACUUCUGUGAUGGUGCUCUGGAGGAAGGACGGCCUUGCAAUGCUCAGGCCUGUAUAGGCAAAGGGCGUGCCAGCUCUCGCAGCCAGUCGCUGCGCUCCAUGGACAGCCGCAAGCGUGACGAGUCAGACAAGACACGCGCUGGACAGUCCCCCCAGACAGCUGCUCUGAUUGCAGUGAACGGCGUGUGGGAGGAGUGGUCACCGUGGAGCCUGUGCUCAUCCACGUGUGGUCGGGGCGAGCGGGAGCGCACGAGGACCUGCAAGCCGCCGCAGUUCGGUGGGGAGCCGUGCACGGGGCCUGAGAAGCAGAUGAAGUACUGCAACAUUGCUGUCUGCCCAGUGGACGGGGUGUGGAACGAGUGGUCCAGCUGGAGCUCGUGCUCAGUGACCUGCUCCAACGGCACCAAGCAGCGGAUCCGCGAGUGCAGCGGGCCCUCGUAUGGAGGCUCAGAGUGCCGGGGCGAGUGGCUGGAGAGCCGGGAGUGCAACCUGGGCGAGUGCCCGGUGGACGGCGUGUGGCAGCUCUGGAGCUCCUGGGACCCGUGCACCAGGACGUGCGGCGGCGGCAGCCAGAAGAGGCAGCGCGUCUGUAAGGGGCCCUUCUUCGGGGGGAAGCUGUGCCCGGGGGACCGCGAGGAGGUGCAGUCCUGUAAUGAGAAGAGGUGCCCAGAGCCCAAUGAAAUUUGCGACGAGGAGAAUUUCUCCAAUGUGGUGUGGAAGAGUACAGUGGCAGGAGACACAGCAGCAGUGCGCUGUCCCCCCAACGCUCACGGGCUGAUCCUCCGACGCUGCUCGCUAAAUGACCUGGGCAACGCCUUCUGGGAAAAUCCCACCUACAUGAAGUGCGUCUCCAACGACUACCGCAGCAUCCAGUCGCUGACUCGUGAACACUUGUCCAAAGCACAACGGGGGCUUGUGGGAGAUGGCGUCUCCGAGGUCAUGACCAAGCUGAGGGUGACAUCCAGCGACGGGACGAGCUACAGUGGUGAUCUGCUGGCCAUUGUGGACGUGCUGAAGAACAUGACGGAGAUCUUCAGACGAGUCCAGUACAGUCCCAGCAGCCUGGACAUGAGGAACUUUGUCCAGUCAGUGAGUAACCUGCUAAUGGAGGAGAACAGAGACAAAUGGGAAGAAGCAGAGUUGCUUGGGCCAAAUAUCAAGGAGCUUUUCCGUCUAGUGGACGACUUUGUGGAUGUCAUCAGCUUCAGAAUGAAGGACUUCCAGGACACCUACGAGGUCACAGACAACCUAGUGUUGAGCAUCCACAAGCGGCCGGUGUCGGGGACUGCUGACAUCAGCUUCCCCAUGAAGGGCUGGAGGGGUAUGGUGGAGUGGGCACGCAGCUCUGAGGACCGCGUCACCGUAUCCAAAGACGUCCUGGCCACCGACAAGUCAGAUGAUACAUCAUCAUUUGUGACUGGAAUCGUCCUCUACAAAGAUCUGGGUAGCAUCCUGUCCCUUGGGAGAAACAACACCGUGCUCAAUUCCAAGGUGGUUUCCGUGACAAUCAAGCCCACGCCAGGUCCCUUAUCCACACCCAUUGAGAUUGAGUUCUCACACGCCUACAAUAGCACCACGAACCAGACCUGUAUUGCCUGGGACGAGAGUGACAGCUCCUCACUCCUCGGCUCCUGGUCUACCCGAAGCUGCAGAGCUGUGUCUGUCAACUCGUUCCGUACUAAAUGCGUGUGUGACAGACUGUCCACCUUCGCCAUUUUAGCACGGCUCAAUCCCGAUAUGAACAUGGAUAAAACGCAAAUGCCAUCGGUGACGCUGAUCGUAGGAUGCGGCGUUUCUUCGCUCACAUUGCUGCUGCUCAUCAUCAUCUAUGUGUCUGUGUGGAGGUACAUUCGCUCCGAGCGUUCAGUCAUCCUCAUCAACUUCUGCCUGUCCAUCAUCUCCUCCAACGCGCUGAUACUCAUCGGGCAGACACAGACACGGAACAAGGUUGUGUGCCCCCUGGUGGCUGCUUUUCUUCACUUCUUCUUCCUCUCCUCCUUCUGCUGGGUGCUGACAGAGGCGUGGCAGUCUUACAUGGCUGUGACGGGCCGCUUGAGGAACCGCAUCAUCCGCAAGCGUUUCCUCUGUCUGGGCUGGGGUUUGCCUGCACUGGUUGUAGCCAUCUCUGUUGGCUUCACCAAGGCAAAGGGAUAUGGGACAGUAAACUACUGUUGGUUAUCUCUGGAAGGUGGUCUCCUGUACGCCUUUGUGGGCCCUGCGGCUGCCGUCGUGCUGGUAAACAUGGUUAUCGGGAUUCUCGUGUUUAACAAAUUGGUGUCCAAAGACGGCAUAACAGAUAUGAAACUGAAGGAGAGGGCGGGUCAGAUGACAGUGCCACUGUACAAUAUGACGCUCAAAUGUGCCAAGUGCGGAGUAAUCUCGUCGCCUGACGUGUCCUCCACCGCUACCAGUAACGCCAUGGCGUCGCUGUGGAGCUCCUGCGUGGUUCUGCCGCUGCUGGCUCUGACAUGGAUGUCUGCAGUGUUGGCUAUCACUGACCGGCGCUCGGCCCUCUUCCAGAUCCUGUUUGCAGUGUUUGACUCGCUGGAGGGCUUUGUCAUUGUGAUGGUGCACUGUAUCCUGCGCAGAGAGGUUCAGGAGGCAGUGAAAUGCAGAGUAGUGGACAGACAAGAAGACGGAAAUGGAGAUUCUGGUGGAUCAUUCCAGAAUGGCCAUGCCCAGCUCAUGGUACAUAUGAAGAGUUCAGAUGCAAAAACAACGGACUUUGAAAAGGAUGUGGAUAUCGCUUGCAGAUCAGGCACGCUGAAGCGUUCCUCCCUGCAGGGUGAAGAGAAGCCGUCGGCCCAGCUCUCGUUGCAGAAGGGCUCGAACUUCAACACCUUGCCGGCCAGCAUGGCCAAGAUGCACCUGCAGAACGUGGCUGACUACUCCAGCCACACGCUGACCCUGCGGCGGGACAAAGGGCCAGCCCUGGCCGGCGUCAGCACCGAGCUCCCCGGCGCCAAGUCCAUCUACAUCUGCGACGGCGAGCUGUUCAAGCAGCUGGAUGGGGACCUCACGCGGGCCCCUGGCGGGGACUCCACAGGGCCCGAUGGAGGAGGCCAGGGCUACAUGAUCCUGCCCACCAACAACAACACGGCCACCAUGAGGCCCGCCAAAGGAGGCGGCGGCGGCGGCAAGGAGGACCCUGCCAAGUAUAGCCUCAACAUCGAGCAGCUGCCCCAGACACGCCUCAUCCACCUGAGCAACCCCCCCAGUGGCGAGCCCGUGCCGGGCUUCGGCCUGAAGACACUGCCGUCCGAGCGGGUCAGUGUGAUGUGCGCCGAGCGAGACUCGCCCAUCCUCACGGCGGCGCAGAACGUCUCGAGCGAGUCGCAGGUUAACCACAACCUCGGCGAAGCCGCGGAUUCAGGCAACUCGGGAAUAAUAUCCAAGAGUGAGACUGUGUCCACGCUGUCCAUGAGCUCACUAGAGAGACGGAAGUCACGCUAUGCUGAGCUGGACUUUGAGAAAAUUAUGCACACACGGAAACGUCACCAGGAUAUGUUCCAGGACCUCAACAGGAAGAUCCAGCAUGCAGAAAAGGACCGGGAAUCCCCUCCUGUCGACGGGAAGGCCGGGAAGAGGUGGAGCGUGUCGUCUGGAGGCAGUGACAAAACCAACAUAAGCGACAAGCAACAGACCCCAAGCAAGCGGGCGUGGGAGGGCAUCAGGAAGACCCACUCGCCCCCAUCAUGGGUGCGCAAGGACCUGGAGCCACUGCAGGCGUCCCCACUGGAGCUGCAGGCGGUGGAGUGGGAGAAGGCCUGCGCCACCAUCCCUCUGGUGGGCCAGGAGAUCAUGGACCUGCAGACGGAGGUGUGAAGGGGUGGAGGGGGAGGUCGACUGACCGACCCACCCACCCAUCCCCUGGCUCCUGCUCCUGUUCCUGCUCCUCAUCCCCGCCCGCGUCCUCCACCCACACCAGACCAGAGCCCUUCCUCGAAUUGACACCACCUCCCGUAGGAAGACACAUGGCACCCGGCAGGGUUGAGCGAUGUGCUCCACGCACAGAAGCAGAGAGAAAGGGAGAGAAGUGUGUGUGAGUAUGUGUGUGCGAUAGAGAGAGAGAGAGAGAGAGCAAGAGAAGGUAUGAAAGGUAUAGAUGAAGAGAGGACAUGUGACAGUGACUGUUAGACCAGUGACAGAAAAACAGUGCUUGAAAAAAAUUGUUACAUUCAUUGGUUAUGUUUUUUUAUUACCGUGAAAUCAUAGGCAGUAAUAACAUUUUAUUUUCUUAUAUGAAAAAGGAAUGGGACCAAGCAGUGGUCCCCUGUCUCACUCCCUAAUGUUACCAUGGAAACACAGACUCUGAUCGGCAGUAGGCCGUAGUUAAUAAUUAGGAGGAUGAAUCAUGCAGAUAUAGGGGCUCCACCACUCCAGCUAGUACAUGGGGUGCAGCCCUGGAGGCUAAUAGACUUUGAGGAUGCCCCUGGUGAACUUUCCCAAUUAGUUACAGAAUAAAACGAAGGAAUCGUCAUCGUCAUCGCCAAGUUAUUUCUAAAAGGUAGCAAAGCAAAUUACCUGACAAGCUGUCCCUCUUCAUUGAUUUUUUUUCAGUAUAUGACCUUUUAAUGUCUGUGCUGUUAUGUAGUAUGGAAUAUUUCAUUGCCGUUUUUGCAGCCAGUACUGCAUUUAUUGCCAACUUCUGACCUCUUAAGCAGUCAGGGUGUCCCUGGACACUAGUUUGGGCACCAGGCCUUCUGCCCCGCCAACCCACAAUCACGCAGCUGUGCAGACGUGAACCGCUGGACCGAGGGGGAGAGACUGCCAUAGACAGCGCCCUGAGAAAACCCACUGGGCCGAGGGGGAGAGACUGCCAUUGACAGCAGAGAUUCUAGAAUAGAGCUCCACUCUAGAAUCUUUGAUUGACAGUGCCCUGAGAAAAGCCACUGUGCUCGUGCCACGCCCCUAUCACUUCUCUACGCAGCUCCACUAGCGGCACCACACAUCUGUCCAGAGUUGCCCAUCAAGACUUUGACCAGGACGUCAAGAGGGGACCCCUAACAGCGGACGUUACUGUGAUGGUAGCAGAAGUUUCUGGAGAGCCUAUACUUAUGGAUGAUGAACUUCUGAUAUCUGUUGGGGAUGCCACACGGUCAGUGCAUCUCCGCUGACUACACAAAGACAGAUCUUGAUCUCCACUUAAUAGCGAGGUCCAAUCUUAAUACACUUGACAGUAUUGGGUAUAUAAAGAGUUGUGAGAGGAGCUUAAACAUAAAGAUGAGCAAGUACAUGGAUUAUAAUUCAUAUAAAUAUAAAUACAGUAUAUAUGUAGAAGAACUACAGAUGGUGUGUGUCUGUAGUUGGAUUGUGGUUGCACACAGGGGAAGCACAAGACUCCAUGAAAAGGGGGAGUCCUGUUGUACAGCAUUGUAAUUAUUAAAAAAAAAGAGUUCUACAGAAUGAAUUUUAGCCUAUAAAUAUAUUUCUAACUGUGCUUGGGGGAAUAUUGUUAUCAUAUUGAUUGCCAUCCUGACUCUGCAGUCCCCUAUCUCGUUGAGUUACUGGACUUUAAGGGUGUUCUGUAACUUUAAUGUACCAGUGUGUGUUUUAAUAUCACUGACCGUCACUUGCCCUCAAUGACCCUCCCUACCUGUCUGACUCUGUUAAGCCCCCGACCCCUCCCUCACCUCUCACCCCUUUCUCAAUCUCCCUUUUUUAGUUCACUGGGAUAUCUUCUUUGUUAAUGUACAGUUUUCAGAGCACAAGAUGAAUGUGUCAUAUUUCUAAUAAAAAAGUAUAUCUCUAUCAUA